UUCCCCUGCUCCUCCAGAGAAAAACCCUUAUAUAAUAAGGAACGCUAGGUAGCAUUCCCACAGCAAUCAUUUAUUUCAUUUCGUCACAGAAGACGUUUAUUACUAUUUGCAGGCCUUUUUUCCUGUUUCAUUUUUCCUUAGUUUAUAGAGAAUGAGUUAUUACAAUCAGCAACAGGCCCCUGUUGGAUCUCCUCCUACACAAGGGUAUCCUCCAGUUGGGUAUCCACAGGCUUAUCCUCCACCACCACAGGGCUAUCCUCCAGCUGGGUAUCCCCAGGGGGGUUACCCUCCCCAGGGAGGACCCCCACCUCCACCUCAAACACAAUCUAGAGGCGAUGGCUUUUGGAAAGGAUGUUGUGCUGCCCUCUGCUGCUGUUGUGUGUUAGAGGAAUGCUGCUUUUGAGUUGGAACAGAAAUUUGCUUAGAUGGGAUGAUGGAAUAUGGAUGUAGGAUUACUUGGCUCAAAAUUAAUUCUUUGUUCAGCUUUGCUUGGGGCCCAUUUUUAGGCAUAUUCAUUGUUUUGUAUUGAAUUUCCUUCGGUUAGAGGAUUCCUGGGCUUUGACUGUCUAGUGGAGUAUACUUGUAAUAUAUUUU